AUGACAAGCGAGGCUUCGUCCAGGGUCAAGGUGCCACGCAUCGCCAUCGAGUUCUGCACUCAGUGUAAAUGGAAUCUGAGAGCCGCCUAUUUUGCCCAAGAGCUGCUCCAGACAUUCGGUACUAGCAUUGGCGAGAUCGCUCUGGUCCCAGUGGCUGGUGGGAUAUUCACUGUCAAGAUGACGCAUGUCAUCAGUAGCACAGCGCAGUCAACUGCUGACACGGCCCCGUCGCCGGACGCGCCUGCCAGCGUGGCAGAGACGGUGAUCUGGGAUCGCAAAGUUGACGGCGGCUUUCCUGAGACGAAAGAGCUGAAGAACAGAGUGCGCAAUAUUAUCGAGCCCGGCAGAGAUCUUGGCCACAUUGAUCGAGGCUUGAAGAAGGGCAGCGCUCAAUCAGCCGUAUCGGAAGAGCCCAGCAAGCCCGAAUCCAGACCUGAUGCUGAAGGCCAAGACGGACACAAGAAUGGCGAAGUCUGCGAGGACUGCAGGUGA